GCUCACUCCUCUGCUCCACUCCAGCAGGCUCCAGCAACCUCUGAUGCCUUACAACGGCCACAUCAAUUCUUCUGCCUCUCUGCCCACCAUCUUCUGGGUCAAUGGCUCUGGAGACAGUGUGCUGAGUAUUGAGGGUGCUGCAAUGCCCAUUCAGGUCCUUGCUUUGAGGAUCGUGGUCACAUUGGCCUAUGGACUUGUAGGUAUCAUUGGCUUGCUGGGAAAUUUGGCUGUGCUGUUUGUCCGUUACCCUACACUGUGGGUAUUAGGCAAUUGUGCUCAGCAUGUGCCUGAACCACCUUCUGAUAUCUUUGUCUUCAGCCUGGCUCUGGCAGACCUGGGGCUGGCCCUCGCCCUCCCUUUCGCCUGGGCAACUGAAUCAGCACUGGACUCACACUGGCCUUUCAGAAGUGCCCUCUGCAAGAUAGUCCACACCCCUGCCCUCAGCAUCCACACCAGCACCUUCCUAAUUACAGCGCUGAAUGUUGCCAGAUACUGGGUGCUGGCCAUGGUUGUGAGACCAGGCAGGCACCUGUCUAUCUUCCAGAUAUGUGUGGUCACCCUGGCCGUGUGGGUGGCGGCUGCCCUGGUGACUGUGCCCACAGCAAUCUUUGGGGCUGAGGGUGAGUUGUGGGGUGUGUGCCUCUGCCUUCUGCGUUUCCCCAGCAGAUCCUGGCUGGGGGCAUACCAGCUACAGAGGGUGGUUCUGGCCUUCAUUGUGUCCUUGGGCACCAUCACCACCAGCAGCUACCUGCUGCUGCUGGCUUCUCUACAGUGUCCGCAGUGACGCAGGCCUCCACAGUGGCAGGACAGCCGAGUGGCAGCCCGCUCUGUUUGUGUUCUGGUGGCUUCCUUCGUCCUCUGCUGGUUUCCCAACCAUGCAGAAUGCACUCCGGGCAUUCUGGUAGAGUUUUACCUGGUACCCUGGGACAGCACUUUCUACACCAUCCGUACUUACGUUUUUCCUGUCAUCACCCGCUUGGCACACAGCAACAGCUGCCUCAACCCUGUGCUCUGCAGUCUCCUCCGGCGCCAGCCUCAGCAAGUUCUGAGCAGUGUCUUCAGGGACCCUUGGUCAAGACUGUGGCCCCAAAGCCAGGCCUGUGUGGAAGAAGUGGCCCUCAAGGAAGUAAGUGGGAGACGGGCACCCAGAGAGUGGACAAACACAAAGGGACUCCUGGAUGAAGGAUGCAGCCUGGACGUUCCCUUUUCUGAGCUCUACCGGGAGCAGAACCCACAGAUUCUGGGGAGAAGCUGCGCUCUCAGCCAGUCUGCAGGGUUCCAGGGAAAGUCUGACCUUUGAUCACCAACUGUGGGUGUGAUAGGACACAGAAGCUGGAGCCCAGGCCGAAAGUGGGUGUGGCAAAGCUUGUCCCUAGAGAUGGCAAAGAGAAACUGGGACUAAACCUCGGCAUCAUCCAGACUGUCUGACCUUUCAUGCCGGUACAACACAGGAUACCUUCCCUGACGGGGUCUAGACCAGCAAGUCAGACGUGGGUUCUCCCUGUCUUUCUCACUUCAAAACAGGGCAUCCCUUAAUCCCUCUUUGGUACCAAAACCAAAAAUGCCUUCUCUGGCCAAGCAGCUUCUUCUCCUCUCAGGGGUAGCCAAAGAAACGACACAGAAGCCUCUGCUUUUGCAGCAGGAAGAUGCCAGAGCGGGGCUUGCUGGAACCUGCAGUUCCAGUCGGGAGAUCCUGGAUGUGUAGCCUGGGGAGAACAGUGAAUAGAUCCGUGUCCUUCAACCAAGCACGGAAGGGAGGCAAUUACGAGGGAAAGACAUGGUGGGGUGGGGCGAAGGUGAGAGGUACCGAAGAGGUCUGGAGGAUCAGGAAGAAUCAGGAACCAAGGCUGAGUUUCAGUAGCCCGUCCCCUUGGGCGAAUCACCUCUAUACAUCAGGUUCUUCUUGUUUGCUUGCUUUUUUCAAGACAGAAUUUCUCUGGGUAGCCCUGGUUGACCUGGAACUCACAUUAUAGACCAGGCUGGCCUCGAACUCACGGAGUUCUGCCUGCCUCUGCCUUGCCUUCCAAGAGCUGAGAUUAAAGGCGUGCCCACUGCCAACCUCACAUUUCUUUUUAAGUUGGAGUGGGGUCUCAGGCAUGUAGCUGAGGGUAGCUUGGAACUCUUUAAUCUUGAUCCCAAAUGCUAGAAUUACAGGCAUGUACUAACACAUUUAGCCUUCUUAGUUCAGUGUAUUCUUGUUUCCUUUCCUUUUUCUCCCUUCCUUUGUGUGUAUGCAUGUACAUUUGUGUGUGUACUCACACUUGCGUAUGUGAAUGCCAGAAGCAGACGUAAGGUUUCAUCUUCAAUUUCUCUCUUGUUCUCUUGGAGACGGGGUCAUAUACAUCUCUCUGGCUUACCUGGAACUCAUUAUGUAGUCCAUAGAUGCACCUGCCUGUGCCUCCCAAGUGCAAGUGAUAGGUGUGUAUCGCCACACCUUGCUCUUCCUUUUACAAGGUACACUUGUUUGGGCAAGGAGACGUGCCACUUCCAUGUGGAGACCAGAGGACAGCUUAGAGUCAAUUCUCUCCCGCCAUCUGAGAUUCAGGGAUUGAAUCUAGACUAUCAAGCUUUGUAGCAAGGACCUCUACCUGCUCAAGUAUUUUUCUUAAUUUUUUUGUAUGUGUAUUGGUGUUUGCCUGUAUAAAUAUUAGUUUGUUGGGUUCUUUAAAUAUAUAAUUUAUUUUUAAUUUAUGUGUAUUGGUGCUUUGCCUAAAUGUAUGUCUACGUGAGGGUGUCAGAUAUCCUGGAA